AUCCCUCUGAUAUAGAUCGGCAGGCGUCGAAAUAGACUCUAUGCAUGCUGGCGCAGAUGAUCUCGAGGUCAAGACUGCGGAUCGCAACUCGGACCAGAAAGAGCCCUAUGGUCUAGACGUCUUGCCCGUCAUAGCUCGACAUGGGUCUUUGACAUGCCCAAAGAACGGCCGCAGAAGCCUAGAUCAGGACCCGGCAGCUCCUACUGUACCAGAUGCCGGACAGUAUCGCGGUCUCGAGCAGGCUGAUCAUGAGCUCGAUCGACCUAGCCUUCGGGAGACCUUCAAGACCCAUCGAGUCGCCGUACUCUGGUCGCUCGCUAUAUCAGCUAGCAUCGUAAUGGAAGCGUACGAUGCGAGUCUGAUUAGCGGGUUCUUUGCUCUGCCUGCGUUUGCGAAGAGGUUCGGCACGCAGUUGGAGAAUGGGAAGUGGAAUAUCGACGCCGGAACUCAGACUCUCCUCCGGCAGUCUACCAAAGUCGGUCAACUCGUCGGUCUCUCCCUUGUAGGCUACUCGGUGGACAGGUUCGGUCAACGUCCGACCCAACUCGCCGCCCUGGCGUCUCUGGCACCUAUCAUUGCCAUGCAAGUGUUUGCUCCAAAUGUCGGUGUAUUGAUAGCUGCACAGACUCUCAUUGGGCUACCCCUCUCUACCUUCUUGACGCUGAGCAAUGUCUAUGCUACCGAGAUCACGCCGCUUGCUCUUCACCCGUACCUUACCACCUGGACCCAAAUCUGCUGGACUCUUGGUUCGCUGCUCGCGAGCGGGGUACUUCGCGCCUAUGUCAACGACCUGACGGAAUUGGCGUACAAGGUUCCUUUUACCCUUCAAUGGGCUUGGCUGUUGCCUAUCGCGGCGAUUUGCAUAUCCGCCCCGGAAUCGCCAGUAUGGUGUGUCAAGACAGAGCGACACGACCGUGCGGCCGUGGCGAUUCGUCGUCUUGGUGGAAAGUGUAUCACGCAAGCGCAAGUGGAUCGGCGGCUCGAUGAGAUCGAUCGGACGAACCGGAUAGAGGCGAAGACAGCCACGCAUAUAUCUUAUGCCGAGCUGUUUCGAGGUACCAAUCGGCGUCGGACUGAGAUCGCUUGCAUCACGUUCGCCAUUCCUUGCCUCUGCGGUUUCGUUCUGGCCAACUCGACCUAUUUUAUGCAGCAAGCCGGCCUGGACCCUUCGGCCUCCUUUUCCAUGACGGUCGGAGCAGCGGGCAUCGCCCUUGUCUGUUGUUUUGGAACAUGGUUCAUUCUCUCGAAGUGCGGAAGAAGACCGGUCUACCUGCUCGGACUGAGUGUCUUGAUCGUCGCGCUGCUGGGCAUAGGCGUCUUAGGAAUCCCGGCUCCGACGUCUGCCUACGCGUGGGCGACGGGAGGACUAUGUUACGUAUUCGCUGUAACAUAUUAUCUCACCGUCGGACCCGUGACCUACACAAUCAUCACGGAUAUUCCGGCGACGAGAUUGAGACCAAAGACCGUCGUCCUAGCUCGAGCGGCGCACGUAACGACGGCCAUCUUGAGCAAUGUCCUCCAUAACUACCAGAUCAACAAGACAGCCCUCAAUUGGCGAGGCAAAGCAGGAUUCUUCUGGGCAGGAUCGUCUGCGCUUUGCCUGACAUGGUGUUACUUCCGCUUGCCCGAGACGCGUAAAAGGUCGUCGAUCGAGCUGGACGAGUUGUUCACGAAAAGGGUACCAGCGAGGAUGUUUGCAAGAACUGUCUUGGACGGGGCGGUAGCACAUGACUUGGGAUCGACUGAAGCGUCGACUGGUAAUAAAACUACGGAAACUCCAGCGAGAGUCUCAGCAACGCGAAUGUGAUGGCUCUUUUCGAAGCCAGACCGUCAUCGCUUGUACGAUUUCACGAUUAAGAAUAGAUGCGGAAGCACGUCAAGCAGCGCUCUGCGUUUCAAGCCGCGCGCGCGUGUACUGCCGAGCGAUGUGUCUGAAGAUCGUAAGGAAGGUGUGAGCUAGGGUGAACCAAUGACCAUACCUUGUAACCGAUCCUGGGAGCUAUCACUUCGUCAGAGUCUUGAGACAAAGACAACGGCCGGGCCGGGUAACCCAUUCGAGGAAUAGCCUAUGAUACAGCUUCAUUGAUUUAUAGCCUGUAGCGUAUUUCUUCGUACCAACCGUCAGAUGAAAAGACUUAUAUAAUAAUAUAUAUGAGGCCCGCGCAUCUUUCGGCGUCUGUCCCGGGCCAGACACAAUUCGCAAGAGAGC